AUGCCUACAACUAAAACCUCCAAAUCUAAGCGGGAGAAACGCGGGAAAGGAAAGAAAAGCUCCAAACAUGAGCCAAAAGCCGAGAAGGAGCCGGACCUGGAGACGGCCAGAGCCAACGCUGCGUUGUGGGAACUGAAACUGAAGAUUACCGAGCAGGAUCUGUCCGACUACCGGGGCGCCCACCAUAACAUGGCCCGCAUGAACGAGCAGCUCACCAAUCAGCUGUUCUGCUGUGAGCAGAACACAGUGGACAUGACCGGGUAUUGGCAGAAAGAAGUAGAGGCCAGGGAGGAGAAGAUCAGGAUGCUUGAAGACCUACUUAGAAAACAAGAGGCCAUUGCACUUCUACAGAGAAACAAACAGGCUGAAGACUUCAAAGCGCUCCAGGAUGAAAUGAGAAAGAUGGAGGAAAAUGAAGCCCGGCUGGAGGAGGAACUCAGUGAUAUGAGAAAAAGCAUGGAUUUUACACAGAAAGAGCAUGAGGAAACGCUAAGGAAAACUGAGGACAGCUUCCAAAGGGAUCAGGCAAGCCUAAAGGCAGAGAUGAGGCUCAUGUGCAAUCAAGAGAUAGCAAAGAUGAAGCUGGACCACCAUGAAGCUAUUGUGAAGAUGGAAAGUGCGUUAACUUCUGCUUUCAAGGAGCGAGAUCGGUUGAAUGAAACACUGAAAACUACCAUUCAAGAAGCAGAGGGCCUGAAGAAACUGACACAUUCACUGGCGAAGGAAAAGCUCUCAGUCAUGCUGGAGAAGGAUAUGCUCGAGGCGACGGUUAAGAAGGACACGGCAAAGAUGGAAGUGAAAGAAAAGAAGCUCUCUGAAGUCAUGGCCAAAGCUGCUUCUCUGGAGCUGGCCCUGGCAGGAAUCUCCAGAAAAUCUGAGCAGCAGGAAGAGAAGGAGAAGAGGAACCUGGUUACCAUCCAGGCCAGCCAGGUAGAGCUGGACAAACUGCAGAAGCUCCUCGCCAUGCGAGAGAAGGAGAUGCAGCACGUCAAGCAGUUGGCAAAGACCAUCGUAGAUAAACGCAGGGAGGUGGAGGAAUUCUUCCACGAAGCGCUGAAUCACGUCAGGCAAGAGAUUGUUGCCAGCAAACUUCAGAAUAAAAAGGAAGCCCUUCAGGAUUAUCAGCAGAAGUUUAGAGAGGCCACAGCUGGGAUGAUAAAGUUCCCACCCAUCCGUUCCAUCAACAGAAGUCCCAACUACCUCUAUGCAGACAUGGAGGCAGCCGCACAAUGGUCCCAUCCUCCCAGCGGUGAGGUCAACAUGUCUCAUCUCACUUGGGAGCAAAAGGAAAAAGUGCUUAGCCUCCUCUUUGCUAAAAUGAAUGGACAGACGGAAAGGAAAGUCUGCAAGCAUCAGGAUCUCUGUGCUUCCAGUGAGGAACGGAAAGAGACUCUUUGACACCAACGCUGCUGAGCUCAAACACACACAUAAAAAAAAUGGCACAGAAAUAAAAAAAGUUUUACCUCAUCCUUACAAUUUAGGAAGCCUGCACAGAUUUAUCGGUCCCACAUUGCAUGUUUAGCAGAAAAAGCAGUGGCUGCGAGAACGUCAGUUCCUACAUGUGAUUUAUCAAGACGGUUUGCAUUUUAGCGAUGCAUAAUGAUGACUGUCCUCCAGAAUUAGAGAGAACUGUCGGGGCGCUCAUCGGCCCCCAGGCGCCGGAGUCCAUUCUGCCCUCAACCCCAAACAGACUGUCGGAUACGCACCACACCACAUGACCUCGGUGCAGCCUUUGCAGCUCUCAUCUCGUAUCUGUGCGCCUUCGCUUUGUGUGCUUCCCGAGGAGUGUCAGUCAGGAGUACAGCACAGUAAAAAAU